AUGGAUAGCUGGGGAUAUGGAGGCGACUUGUGGACGAGGGCCGACGAUGAUAGCGUGACGGACGGUAAUGGCGUGGCGGAUUCAUUACGAGGACCCUUCAAGGCCACCAACAACUCGACAUCGGCCAUCAUCAACCAGUUCCGCUUCCAAGCCGCCAAAUCGAUUCGAACCUCAACCAUCAUUCUCGCCGUCUUCAAUGUUAUUGCCGCAUUUGCAACAGCAAUUGGUAUCUUUUGGGAUGGUUAUGCAACGGCCAAGAGGAACAACCAAAAGUUCGGCUUCAGAACGCAUGGAUUCACUUUUGUCGGACCUGCAGAGUCCUUUCCUCUCGUUCUAUCUGUCGGCAUCGUCGUUCAAGGCAUCGUCUUUGCCAUUGCACAGUCGACUGGACUCGACCAUCUCCUGACUUUGGGUUGCACCAUCACCUCCCAAAUGAUGCUGCCUGCGGUCUUCAUUGUUCCGUACAUCCAACUCGUAUUCGCUCUAGAGGUGGCCAUCCGGUCUCUACGAAAGAACCCACUGCCGUCUCGUGGCAAGUGGAAUGUUACCAUUUGCCUCGCCAUUGUCGGCACUUUUCUCCUCAUUACCUAUCUAGUCACCCUCUUCGUCCGCCCUCCCAACUUUUGCUUUGCCUCGCUUUUCUGGUUCGUCCAGCGCUGGAAGGAGGGCUGCUUCGUACUUCUCACUUUUAUCUCGGCCGCGUUGCUGGGCUCGGCUCUGGUGAUCUUCUUCCGUCUCCACAACAACAUCAGAAUCGAGAACAGUGAGCGUAUUGCCGCGUCUAGAAUGGUCUACUUCCUGGCAGUAGCCUUCAUCUCGACUACUCUCCUCAUCCCCUUCUUCUUCAACCUCUCGUUCACGGAACAGCGAGGUGCCACUGGCCAGGCCCUGACGCUUUCCAUGAUUGCCUCCGUCGUCGCCAACGUAUCUGGCCUACUGACCGGCGGUCUGCAUCUAUUCUUGCGAUCAAAUACUCUAUCUACUAUCGGUCCCCGCCAAAGCGACAAGUGGGAGUUAGAGCGUAAUAAACUCAAGGCCGGCAUUCGUGUCUAUAACGGCGACGAUGAUUACGAAAACCACAUGAUGAACCCUGUCGGCCGGGCCCGUUCGCUGCGACGCAUGGACAGCACCGACAGCCUCGUGCCCGAGAAGGAGGAGGAGGCACGCAUCGAGAGUCCUUCUGGGUCUCCCACCUAUGCCAACCCUCUCCGACAAAACGCCGUAUGGCAGCCGGCCCGCUCCCCUCUGAGGACGCCGGAGCCUGCUCAAGUAUCAACCUACCAGGUGCCAAAGGCCCAUGCUCGCAAGAGGUCCUACUCCUUGUUCCCAUCUGAGCAAAACAACAACACCAAGUCAAUUACUCUGCUUCCGGCGAAGACAUACGCCCCUGGGGCAAGAAUCCCUGAUGAGGACGAGAUGUUGCUGCUCAGGCCUCCGCCAUCACUUCACCCUCAGGGCAUUCGUCAUCGUCGCGAUUCUUCGCUUGCAUCUUCAGCGACUGUGCAGAUUGGCCUGCGGCUGUCAAACGUCGACGACAUGCCCCCGCUCAACUCACAGUACUUCCAGAACAAUGCCAGCGUGAACAGCUUGAGCUAUCCCGAUGAGAGGGACGACGAGCCUAUCAAGCGGCCCAGCCCCUUGGCUCAGGUCGACGUCCUGAGCGACAGCGGUUCAUCCGAUUCUGAGGAGGAUGCGACCUUGGUCUCAUCUUCUCCCAUCCGCCCCCAAAAGGAUUUGCGGAUGAAGACGCUCCCAUCUGUUCCCAAGGUCACUGUACCCAGACAGUCCCAGCUCAAGGAGCAAGAGCCGGAGCAGCUUACUCUCAGCCCGGCUGUUUACAGGCCUGAGAGCCCUCAGAAGACGAGGGUGACUAGCCCUCAGGGUGUUGGCUUCAACACCCCUGCGCAGCGAAAGAAGUCGCCGGUCAAGUGCACCAAGCAGAAUUGCCAAUGUUCUGCUGAACACGACAAGCGCAACUGGAUCUAA